AUGGCAGCGUUGCGAGUUACCACGACAUCACUCUCGCGCAAGGCGCUCGUGUCGUGCAGACCCCGCAUCUAUCUCGGUGCUCGCGCCGGUCUGCGCCCGGCACUGGCAACCCCGAAGACACUCUCAUACUCAUACUCCACUGCACCGGCACAGACUCUUGCGCCGAAGAUUGAGAGGGGUGGAUCAAAACUGUAUAAAGAUGCCGACGAGGCGGUUAAGGACGUGAAGAGUGGAUCAACGAUCUUGAGUUCUGGGUUUGGGCUUUGCGGUGUUGCGGAAACAUUGAUCAAUGCCAUGGGCCGCCGUGGGAAAGACCAAUUGCACUCUCUCACGGCAGUUUCGAACAACGCCGGAGCGGCGGGCAAGGGCGGGCUGUCGACGCUGUCUCAGAACGGGCAGUUGAAUCGAUUGAUUCUGUCAUACUUGGGCAAUAACAAGGCCCUGGAGAAGAAGUACCUAUCUGGGAACAUCGCCAUCGAGCUUUGUCCGCAGGGAACACUGGCUGAACGACUGCGUGCCGGCGGUGCAGGGAUCCCGGCAUUCUUUACUCCGACCGGAGUUCACACAUUUAUCCAGGAGGGAAAGAUUCCCGUUCGCAUGGACGAGGCUGGCAAGGUGUUAGAGUCGGGCAAGCCGCGCGAGACCCGCGAGUUCAACGGCAAGACGUAUCUGAUGGAGACUGCCUUGACGGGAGACGUGGCAAUUCUGCGGGCGUGGAAGGCCGAUGAGGCUGGAAAUUGUGUUUUCCGAUACACCACCAAGGCAUUUGGUCCGAUCAUGGCUAAGGCUGCAACUCUGACUAUCGUGGAAGCAGAGAAUAUCGUCCCUAUUGGAUCGAUCGAUCCCAAUGAUGUGGACUUACCCGGUAUUUUCGUGGACCGGAUUGUUCCUGCCACGGACGAGAAGCACCUUGAGAUCAAGAAGCUGCGUGAGAACGAGGGUGCGGGCGAGUCAGCAAAGGGCGAGGCGCAGAUCCAGAGAGAGCGCAUUGGUCGACGGGCGGCCAAGGAGUUGAAGCAGGGAUUUUACGUGAACCUGGGCGUUGGUAUCCCCACCCUGGCACCAUCCUUUUUGCCAAAGGACGUCAAGGUCUGGAUUCAGUCGGAGAAUGGAAUUCUGGGAAUGGGCCCGUAUCCCACAGAGGAAGAGGUUGACCCGGAUAUCAUCAACGCCGGCAAAGAGACCGUGACUCUGGUGCCCGGCGCCGCCACGUUUGACAGUACCGAGUCGUUCGGUAUGAUCCGUGGUGGCCAUGUGGAUGUGUCGAUUCUCGGCGCCCUGCAAGUGAGCGCCAACGGUGAUCUGGCCAACUAUAUGAUCCCGGGCAAGGUCUUCAAGGGCAUGGGCGGUGCCAUGGACCUGAUCUCCAACCCGGACCUGACCAAGAUCGUGGUGGCCACCAGCCAUGUCGCCAAGGAUGGAUCCCCCAAGGUCGUGCAGAAGUGUAGCCUGCCGUUGACGGGAGCCAACGUCGUGAGCACGAUUAUCACUGAUUUGUGCGUCUUCCAGGUCGACCGAGCCACUGGCCAGCUCACCUUGACGGAGCUCGCUCCCGGCGUGGAGGUGGAAGAAGUGCGCAGUAAGACAGACGCCAAGUUCAAUGUGGCUGAGAACCUGGAGAUCAUGGAGUAG